CGAGAAGAACACCGGAAAAACUGGACCAGCAAUAUUUGAGGUUCGAUUGAGGAAGAUUUUUAUUUUUGUGACAGAGCCUCGGCGCGGUGGUUUAGAAAAAUAUUCCCACCAUGGAGAAAAUUCUCGAGAAACUAUUGGUCGCCGACAACGCGAUAAUCAAACAGGGUACGAACGAGCUAAGAGAGGCCUUCAAGAAACCAGAAUGCAUAGGAUCGCUGGUCGCAGUUGUUGUCGACUCGCCCAACCCCCAGAUAAGACAGUACGCGGCCGUUUUGAUGAGAAAACGUUUGAGCAAAGGGAACCAUUGGGCUAAGCUUUCACCGGAAGUAAAAGCUAGCUUUAAAGAUGUGAUGCUCAAGCGACUUCUCAGCGAACAGGAUUCCUCGGUAAGAAAAUCGAUCGCCCAACUGAUCGGCACGGUGAUCAAGCACGAACUUGGCAAUAACGGAUGGCCGGAAGUACUGCAGUUCGUUCAACAAUCCGUAACGAGCGAAAAUCUCGGCGAUAAGGAGAUCGGCAUGUACACUUUAUCCACGAUGACGGAGGUAGCGGCACACGCAUACCUACCGCAUGCCCAGUCGGUGGUCUUCCUCUUGGAAAACACACUGAACGGGCUUCAGGACUUGGGACACCCUGUAGCAUUCUACGUUUUAUUGACGCUAACGCACUUGGUGCCUCUGGUGGAAGGAAAUCAACCCAUGGUAAACGCCUAUCACCAAAUGAUGCCUCGGGUAAUUAGCGUCAUUCAGGCGCUCGCAGUUACCAAUGAAGAACAGGCGGUCGAGGCCUUCGAGCUACUGGAUGAACUCUGCGAGCAGGCAAUGGAUGUAAUUUCUCCCCAUGUCAAGGCUCUCGUUAGCCUCUGUUUGACCCUUGGUGCAAACAAGACACUCGACGAUGCGCUUAGAGUCAAGGCAGUUGGGUUUAUGGGCUGGCUAGCCAAGACUAAAAAGAAGGCAUUCGUCAAACAUAAACUGGUCGAACCUGUCAUUGACAUGUUGUUCAACUUAAUGGCUGAACCACCCACGGAUGAAUCCGACGAAGCUUACUUCUGUGAUAAUGUUGAUGACAGUACACCAAUGACUUGUGCGACACAAACCCUGGACCUUCUAGCCCUGCACCUUCCACCAGAAAAAUUAAUCCCUUACGUUUUGCAGCACGUUGAACCGGGACUUCAAGGAUCCAAUGUGUACUCUAAAAAGGCAUCGUACCUAGCGAUGGCAGUGCUGGCCGAGGGAUGUUCAGAAUUCAUUCGAUCAAAGUACCUUGAGUCGUUUUUGAGGUGUAUUUGUGGUGGAAUCACAAGUACAGAACCGGUCGUUCGCAAUGCUGCAUUGUUUGCACUUGGUCAAUUCGCAGAACAUCUGCAGCCCGAGAUUAGUCAAUACGCUUCUGAGUUGCUUCCAGUUCUGUUCGAGUACUUGGGACACGUAUGCUCUCAGAUGCAGUUGCAAAACAACAGCAAGUCUCCACCGGUCGACAGAAUGUUCUACGCCCUAGAAGUUUUCUGUGAAAAUUUAAACGAGGGACUUCUGCCUUAUCUUCCGAUACUUAUGGAGUGCCUUUUCAAGGCCCUACAAACACCCAAUGCCGAUAUACACGUCAGGGAGCUGGCUCUCAGUGCCAUCGGAGCAGCUGCAAAUGCUAGUAAAGAAAAUAUGAUGCCAUACUUUCAAACGAUCGUUGAAAACCUUCGUGGAUAUCUCACGGAGAAACAGAGUACGGAAACUAUGUGCCUGCAGAUCCAAGCCGUAGAUACCCUGGGAGUGCUGGCGAGAACGAUAGGCGACGAUCAUUUUCGACCGCUAGCCGAAGAGUCUUUGAAUCUCGGUAUGAAAUUGAUGACCGAAAACGAAGAUCCUGAUUUAAAGAAAUGCGUCUACGGUUUGUUCGCCUCGAUUAGUUCGGUACUGAAACAAAACCUGGCUGCAGUUCUGCCACGAAUUGUUGAACCCAUGAUACACAGCAUACAAAGCGCAGAAGGAAUUGUGCCACACUUCAAGGACAAUGAAAAUACCGCGUUUCCAGUUUACGAGGAUACGAGUGAGACAGAAGAAGAAGAGGACAUUGAGAAUACCGACAACGAGGACGAUUACGAUGACUUAGCUGGCUACGUAGUCGAAAAUUCUUAUGUCGAAGAGAAGGAGGAGGCCAUCCUUGCGUUGAAAGAGAUCGCUAAGAACACUGGAGAAGCGUACUUGCCAUACUUGGAAAAAUCGUUUGAAGAAAUUUUCAAACUCAUCAACUACCCACAAGAGGAUAUCAGAAAGGCCGCAAUCGAAGCUCUGCUACAAUUCUGCAUAAGUUUUUCAAAAAUAAAUACAAACGAGGGCAAAGUAGCCACGCAAAAGGCACUCUCGGUAUUUGUUCCUAAGUUGGCGGAACUCAUUAGAUUAGACGAGGAAUGCUCCGUAGCAAUUGCUGCGCUUGACGCUUACUCCGAACUCCUCAAAGAACUAAAAUCUGAUGUCCUCAUUCAGGAGGGUCACAAAGAUGCGAUUAUAAACUGCAUUACCGACGUCAUGACGGGUAAAACCGAAUGUCAGGACCAAGAUGAGGCGGAUGGUGACGAGACCGAAGCCGAGCAAGACGAGCUAUUAAUUGAAUGCGCCGGAGACGUUUUACCAAGUUUUGGUAAAGCCAUGAAGCCAGAAGAUUUCCUUCUCUACUUCCAAGCACUGCUUCCUCUUUUCCUGGCCAAAUUGCAAAAGAACAAAACUGAGGCCCAAAGAUCGUUCGGUAUCGGUACAAUAUCCGAGUGUCUCGCAGCCCUGGGUCCGACAGUAGCAAACUUCGUUCCGCAACUCCUGCCAAGGCUGUUAAAACUGUCAACAGAUCCAAACGCAGAGGUUCGAAACAACGCGAUCUACGGAAUCGGGGAACUAGCGUUACAUGGAAAGGAAUCCGUCUAUCCACAUUACUCGGAAAUCCUUCAAUCUCUUUCGGAAGCGAUAGUGACAGAGACUCAUGGAGGAACACGGGACAAUAUUGUCGGUGCGAUCGCGCGUCUGAUCAUAACAAAUCCCACAAUCCUACCGCUGGAGCAAGUAUUCCCAGUUUUCGUAGGGCAGCUACCUCUUCGCGAGGACUUUGAGGAGAACAAGGCGGUGUUCAAGAGCGUGAUGGUGCUCUACGAGAACGGACACGACGUUAUCAAAAGCCACAUUCCGAGUCUCCUCAAAGUAGCAGUAAGCGUCGUUCAUGAGGGCAGAGCGAUGGACGACGAAUGCAAGGAGAUAGUGACGAAAUUCCUAAGAGUAACACAAGCCGAUUUUCCGACCCAGUGGAACGAGUUGUUGGUUAGUCUUCCGCCGGAAGUAAGGGCCGGUUUUCAGUAGGCGCUGUUAUUUAACGUUUCAUUAUUAUUGGCUGUUCAAGGAAAGAACAAAAAAUAAAGACGGUGUUAAAUAUGCCACGAGUUUUCCUAACAGCGAAACGAUUCGUGUGCUUGAGUCGCCUUGGUCGCCUGAAUCAGGCGCACGAAUCGUUUGGUUGUUAGAAAAACUCUCUGUAUACCAGAUCGCACUGAGCACUUACUUUUUUGUUUUUUCUCGUCUUCCUACGGUACGAUAAUUUGUUGAUUAUUGACGAGAAACAGCUCAAUCUUUGGAGACAGCUGACUUCUCGGGGAACGUUCUAUAAUAUAUUUAUUAAGCAUGCUACAAUCGAGCGAGACAACGUUUCACCCUCGACGAUUAUUUUAUGUUUCUUGUUGCUGUUGAUUUUUCGUAAGUUUUCGUACUUCUUCAAGUGCGAAGAUAAAGUAAUAUAUUGGCAUUUCGUGAAUUGUGUGCCUUCUGCGUUGAAGUUAUAUAAUUAAUACAUUUAAAUUCAAGUUUUACUCGGGCGGCGUUGCAUUAAUUACACCCAAUUUUCAUUUAUUCAUAUAUAUCUAUCGGAAAACUGUUCGAAUCGUCGUUAAUAUUUCUUACCGAAAUAUUUUAAUUCGUGUUUACACCGUAAUUAGAAUAGUAGUAUCGUAAAAACUUGAAAACUGAUCGCCCAUUAUAGCUACGCUCUGCUUGUUCAAGGUUGAUUUUUUUUUUCUUUUUUUUUUCCUGCUUAAUUUAAAUUUAACACUGCAUUGUAUGCUGUUGCAGUGUCCAAACAUACCUUUUAUAUAUAACACACUAUUAUGUAUUAAAUAUAUAAUGCACAUGUACGUAUAACGAGUAUAUACAUGAAAAACGAAUGUGUAUGAAAAACCAAGAAAAAUAUGGAAGAGAACUGAAUAAAGGCGAAGAGAAAAUUUGCAUAUU